GGAUGAUGUGAUGAUGCCACAGAGAGUGAGGCUACAACACCAGGCUGCUGAGCAGCACCCAACCAGCAUCAUAGGAUGCCAAGUAAGGAGAGAUCCCCCAGACUCCACCGCACGAUACACACGUUGGAUAAACCAACUGGCUCCAGACCAGCUGCUGACCCAGCCGUGGCCUUUUUGCAUCUUCAUCAGCACUAGAGAGGACUAGAGAGGACUAUCCACUCUAGGAUAUCAUCCACUAGGAGAGAUCAUCCACGCAGUGGUGGCUUGCUUUCUCCUGCAGAACUGCUCACCAGCUUCCCCAAGGUGAGCAGCUUUGAUCCACCAAGCCUUGCCACUGUGAUGUCUGCCUUACCACAGACCUAGGAGCAUUUGUGCCAGCAGAUAGCACCGUGGGGCAAGGGCAGGAGAUGAAAUCCAAUGAGUAGACUCCUUGGCGUUUCUCAUACUCUACCUGAGGAGCUGUGGGGCCAGCAGGAUCUGAGACUUGGGGCUCCUAUCGACAGUUACUGAGAAGUAGGCUGCUCUGUGGCCGCCAGUGGGGCUGCCAGCAGUGCAGCUAUUUCCUGUCUGUACUAGAGACUGCAGUCACAAAUUGUGGGCUACAGCCCAGUUCACAGUCACAAAAUCACCUUUGUAAGUGUCUGUUUGCCUUCCUGGCUGGGGACGAGAGAAGAAACCUGUGUCUCAGGUAUGCACAGUAUUACCACUGGGCACGUGGCCUCAUCAGAGCAGCAGAGCUUCCUCUACAGGUUCAAGGGGCCUGGAGGCUCUUCCUUAAGGUUACCUUGCAGCUGACCCCAGAGGUCAACAGCACCCUGCAAGCUGUCAGUCCCCGAGGAGGAAAUCCAUGGGUUGCCAGCAUGCCCUGCCCAGGCCUUCCUGCUGAGGAGUUGAGAAACUCUGAGACAUGCCAUUCCUUCCUGGGUACUUUCUUAGAACACACUGAUUUUAGAAUAUGUUUUUCAUAACAGAGAAUCACAGCUGACUGGGGGGCAGAAGAGUCAAACCAGGUGGGCAUGAUGGUGCAUGCCUGUAAUUCUAGCACUUGAGAGACUGAGGCAGGAGGCUGGCCACAAGUUCAAGGCCAGCCUGAGCUACAUAGCAAGACCUUGUCUCAAACACCAAAAAAGGAAAGAAAACUGAAGUCAAGUUCCAGCAUCAGGGUGGAUGCUUUCACCUCCUGUCAGCCCAGAGGUCCUCCAAAUGGCAGACUGAAAAUGCUAAGCUCCAUCUGAGGAAUCCUAUCACCUCCCAGAAACCACUGAGUCGGGCUUCUAUAUGCCUUGGUUUCUGGUGUAGUGUGAGUCACAUGAAUAUCGUGCACUGAACCCAGGGAUUUAAUUUAAAUGGAGAAGAUUUAAUUUCAGCCAGAAUGAUAUUCACAAUGGAUAUAUUUAAGGCAGGGCCCUCUUAAAUAAUGUGUUUACCUAGGGAAAAUUCUAUCUAAAGAUUUGCAGAUUUAGAGAAAUUCUCUUUCCUAAAGCAUUCUUGGCCAUAAGAGCUGCAGGAGUCCCCAGCACUGUCUUGACAAGAUUUGUGUCUGUGAUCUCAAGUAAACUGACUCUUGUCUACCCAAUUUGAAAAUCCCACAUUUUGAAAUAAGUUUAGGCUCAAUGACAGCUGCACAGUUAGUAGAGUUCCUGCAUGUCCUUCUGUAGUCCUAAUUUCCCCUGUGACACAGCACAGUGAUCAAGCCAAAAAAUCCACACUAGCAUUCACCUUCAGCCAAGCUACAGAGGAGCUGCGUGCUCUGGAGUUCUGUCUUGUUUCUGGAUCAGUGCAGCCCAUCCCAUGCUCAGGACAUAGGACCCUGAGGACCCUGCAUGACCAAAUACUGCUGCCCUACGGUCACAUCUUCUUCUGACCUGUUUUCCUGUGUUUGUUUGCUGUAACAAAAAUGCUGUGGGCUGGGUGCUUUGGCUGUUUGAGGUCUUUUGUGGUUCUGCAUAAGUUAUAAAAGUGUUAUUUCUGUUCAGAAGGCUAUCAUUUGUAUUGUAAUGGGGAUUGCAUUAAAUCUGUAGAUCAUUUUGGGUAGUACAGACAUUUUUAACAAUAUUAAUUCUUCCAGUAAUUAAAUAUGAGACAUCUUUCAGCUUUUCAGUGUAUCUUUUUCAAUGUGUUUUAUAAAUAUUUUGUAAUUUUCAUUAUAGAGAAAAGUAUUCACUUCCGUGAUUAAAUUUAUUCCUUGGUUUUGUUUUGCUUGUUUGGGGCGGCUGUUAUAAAUAGAAUUGCUUUCUCGAUUGCUUUGUCAGCAAUUUUUUAUUGAUAUAUAGAAAGCUAAUGACUGGUAUGUUGAUCUUGUAUCUGCAGUCUUGCUGAAUUCUCUUAUUAGUAGUAACAGUUUUUGGUGGAGAAUUUAGGGUUUUCUGUAUAUACAGUCAUACCAUCUGCAAAAAGACAUAAUUUGACAUGCUCCUUUCCUAUUUAUAUGCCCUUUCUUUCUCUUGCCUUAUUACUCUGACUCAGUAUUCCAAUAUUAUAUUGCAUUACGAGUGGUGAAAGUGGACUUCUUGUCUUGUUCCUAAUCCAGAUAAAAUGAUUUCAGAUAUUUCCAAUUCAGUGUGAUGUGGGCUCUAGGUUUAUUAUAUGUAACUUUUACUGUUUGAACUGCAUUCCUCUGUACCUUAUUUUUUGAGGGUUUUUACCAUGAAGUAUGUUGAAUUUUAUUGAAUAAUAUAAUAUAUUGAAUAUAACUUUUUGUGUGUCUGUUGAAGUGGUCUUACUGUUUUUAUUCUGUUGAUGUGAUGUAUUUUUUAGAUUUAGGUACAUUGAACCUUCAUUGUACUUCUGAGAUAAAUCCCACUUAGUGUUGGUGUGUGAUCUUUUUGUGUCAUGUUGAAUUUGGUUUGCUAGAAUUUCAUUAAGAAUUUUUGCAUCUGUAUUCAGGAAUCUUAAUCACUAGUUUUUGUUGUUAUGUCUCUGGUUGAUAUUGGGUACUAAGGCUAAUGCUGGCCUCAUAGAAUAAAUUUGGAAUGGUUAUCUCCCUUUCAAUACUUCAGAAUACUUUAAGAAAAAUUAGUGUUAGUUUUCUUUAAAAGUUUGGUAAAAUUCAACAGUGAGGCCUGGAAUUUUCUUUGUCGAGAAACAUUACUGAUUCAAUCUUAUUCUUUGGUUUUUGAUCUGUUCAGGUUUCUUUUAUAUAAGAAAGCCAAAAUAUAAAUAAAGAAUAAAAUAAAAGGUAGACAAUAGGAAAUAGAAAACUAAGUCUUUUUUUGCAAAUGGGCGUUAAUCCAAGACAUGAACAGAGGAGGUAGGGAGGGGAGAAGAAAGGGAUGAAAAAAGAAUUAAAAUGUGUUACAUACAUGUACCAACUCCCCAUGGAGGAUGUAGUCAUUAUAUACUGCAAAUGUACUAAUAAAAAAUAAAAAUCAAGAAGAAAGAGCCUCUUUAAUAAAUGAUGCUGAAAAAUUGGCUCUGCACAUGCUAAAGAUUCAAAUUGGACCCAUAUCUUCUACCAUGUACUAAACUAAAUUAGGAGUAGAUCAAGAAUCUAAAUAUUAAAACAGAAACAUAAAUCUUCUAGAAGAUAGAAUAGAUAGAAUUCUUGGAGACAUUGGUGUAGGCAAAGACUUUAUGAUCAGAAUCCUAGUUGCACAGAAACUAUCACAAAGAAUCUAUAACUAGAAUCUCAUUAAAAAGCUUUUGCACAGCAAGAAAAACUAUCAACAGUGUGAAGAGGGAACCCACAAUGUGAGUUUGCCAAUUGUUCCUCAGACAAAGGACUUCUAUCAAGAACAUAUAAAGAACUAAAAAAACAAAAUCAAACUCAAAAUCCAAUCCAAUAAUGGGCAUCUGAGAUGAAUACACACUUCUCAAAUGAAGAAAUACAAACAGUAAAUAAAUACACAAAAACAUGCUCAACAUCACUGAUUAUUCAAGAGAUGCAAGUUAAAACAACAUUGAGAUUCCAUAUCACUCCAGAAAGAAUGGCUAUUACAAAGAAAUCAGGCAAUAACCAAUGCUGUAUGGAAAAAAAGAACCCUUCUCCAUUGUUGGUGGGAGUGUAGACUGAUACAACCACUGUGGAAAUCAGUGUGGAAAAUCCUCAAAAACUAGCAUUGGAGGUCCCAUUUGACCCAACCGUUCCCCUUCUAUCUUCCUAAAAGAAUUAAAAACAUCCUACCACAGCAAUAUAUGUGUGCCCAUGUUUAUAGUAGCACAAUGUGUAAUAGUUAGAUCUUGAAAACAACCUAAUGCCCAUCAACUGAAGAAUGGAUAAAAAAGAUAAGGUCUUUUUAUACAAUGUAAUGCUACUCAGCCGUAAAGAAUGGUAAACUUAAGACUUUCAUAGGUAAAUGGAUGCAUCUAGAGAUCAUACUCAUCAAUGAAAUAAAUCAGACUCACAUGUUUAAGUAUCAUAUUGUCUCCGUAAUGUGAAAGGCUGAAAGAAUAUAUAUGUAUUUUAUAUAUAUAUAUAUAUAUAUAUAUAUAUAUAUAUAUAUUUCAUUUUGUCUCCUUGCUGUGACAAGCUGAAAUUAUAUAUGAUAUAUAAUUAUAUAUAAGUAAUAUGUAAUAUAUAAAUGUAUUAAUAAUACAUAUAAUAUAUGUAUAUGUAGUAGUUAAGAUAGUUAUACUGCAAAUUUCUCUUGAGUUCAUUGAAAAGGUUUGUGCUAAUAUUAUUUGGACGAUUAAAAACAGACAUCUUGUACUCUGAAUAACUAAUGAUAACAAUACACAACGUAUAUAAUCAUUGUUACUAAUCAUCGUGUUUUAAAAUUUUUUCCCUUUAAAAAAAUAAAAUUAAAAGAUUAAGUAUUCACCAUAUAUUUUGAUCAUACAUUGUAUGUAGUGCUUUGAGUUGCACUGUUUGGUUGUCUAUUUGAAAUGCAAAUACACUUCACUUUACAGCUUUUGCUGCAUCUCAUUGGUUUUGGUAUGUUACACUUUCAUUGAGGCAAGAAAAUUUUAAGUUUCCCUUGAUUUCUUCAUUGAAGAGAAUGUUCUGGUACAGUUUCUAAACUUUCUUUUGUUGAUUUUUUUAGUGUUAUUGUGAUUAGAGAAGGUAUAUGCUGUGAUUUUUAGUUUUUUGUUUUGCUGAAAAUUUGUUUUGUAGCCUAGCAUUUGACCUUCCCUGAAAUGUUCCAUUCUGUAAUUAUUGAGUGAAAUGCUCUGUAAAUGUCUGUUAGAUACAUUGGGUCUGUAGUAGUUUAACUCUUGUGUUUCCUUGCUGAUUUUUUUGUGUGGAUGUUAUGUUCAUUGCAGAAAGUGGGGUAUUAAAGUCUACAGUUACUGUGCUGGAAUCUCUCCUUCUAGAUUUAAUCACAUUUGCUUUGCAUAACUAGGUGGUCCUAAAUUGGGUGCAUAUAUAUAAUUAUUAUUUCCUCUUGUUGAAUUGAUCCUUUUAUCAUUACAUAGUGACAGUUUGUUUCUUUUGACAGUUUUUGAUUUAAAGUCCAUUUUAUCUGAUAUAUAUAUGAUAUAUCAUUUUAUCUGAUAGAUUUUACCUGAUACACCUGCUCAAUUUUAGUUUUCACUUGCAUGGUCCAUCCAUCUGUACACUUUCAGUCUACGCAAGCUAUUGUGUUUCUUUGUAGGUGUCACACUGGCUUUUCUUCAUGCUUGUAGUGUCCCUGAUUGGGUACGUUUGUGCCUGGUAGGUGCACUGCCUCUAUCACUCCUGUGUGGUGGCUCUUGUAGUAGUAUAACUUCUGCUGGCAGUGUGCUUAGCACCUAAAAGGUUGCCUACUGCUAGGACGGUGUUUGUUGGAUGAGCUGGGUUGGCCUUGGUCUCAGUGAAGGUUAGUGCAGUGUCCACAUACCUUCUUCAGCUGUAAUUAGUGUUUGCACUGUGAGUGCUGUGGGGUGAGAUAGCAUCACAGCAAGGAUGCAGCUGCCUUUGUGGGGAAGGUUCACUGUCAGUCUUUAAUUGUGGUUCACAAGCUGCAGAUGUAGGGCAUUUGUCAGUUUCCAUAGGUUGUGGGCAGGUGGUGCUGCCCCAGUGGCCCAGACGAGGAUGACACUACAUGCCUGGUAGAGGAUCAGCAUGCCUGUCAGUGACUGAGGACUGUGUGGGCUUCUUGAGCUGCAUGAUCAGGAGGGUCUGCCCAGCUGCUUCAAGGGGCUGAGUGGGCUGGGCCAGGUGUUUGCUCAGGGACUCAGUGGGCCAAGCUUCUGAAGACGGGCUCAACUGCCUCUGCACUACGAGUCCACCUGGCUGCUUGCUAGCAGCUGACUGGCUCAAGGCAAGUUUCCAGGUUGCUUCCCGGAGCUAAGGUUCAGUUAACAGGGCCUUUUUCCUGCUUCUGGGGCCUUAGAAGAGUACACAGGGCCAUCAGGUAGUUUUCUGUGGCCCACUCAACCAGUGGGCUUCCUAGGUGCUCCCCAGGGCCAUGGCAGUGAGAACAGGCCCCUUGGGAUGUCUUGCAGGGCUGCUGGCUUCCUGGCGAUUUGUAAGAACCUGAGUGCUGGGUCACAGAUGGCUAUGUGAAACAAGAGCCUGUGUCAGGAUGGUGCAUUCUGGGCUGUGCUCUUCUCCAGCAAGGCAGUGGAGUGAUUUCCCACAGGUCCCCAAUAAGGGGCCAGACCUGCGAAGGCCACAUGGUUCUCCAUCAGUAAAUUCUUAAGGUGAAUGUGGCAGGAAUGGUGACUACUUACGCCUCAGAAUGAUGUCCCUCAGGUUCAGGGUUGAUCUCGAGACACAGGACAGCAGGUGCAGUGUGCUGGCUUCUCUUCUCAGAAAGCCAUUGAGUGUCCCUGUGUACUGUCUCUUACAGACCACUGGUGUGCCACUCACCUCUUGUGGGCCCCUGAAGCCCCUCCCCCAACCCCCUGGAGGCCGCAUUUCUUACUUCCUUUGGACCCCUGGACACCCCCCACCCCAUGCUGAUAAAUGAACAGAAUUAUAGAGAACACCAGCUGUGCAGUGGUAGCCCACACCCACCCAGUUGCACCAGGCACCCCUGGAGGGUCUCACACCCUCAUCAUCAUGCCUCUCCCUUGGGGGAAGAGCCACGUGCUGAGGAGGGCUGUGAUGCUGAAACCAGUUUGAAGUCACUGGGUUCAUGGCUGCUAGGUGUACCUUCUCCGUGUAAGAUCCAAACCUGCCAUUAAGCUAAUUUCCUCCAGUCAGGGAGUCUGUCUUUGUUGGCAGGGAUCGUAAAUCUCCAGCUCUAAUAGAAAACGUAUAACUCAGUGUUUGUUUGGCCUCUUUUUGUAGUGAGUCAGCAUUUGUGUUGACUCACUUGUUUUUCCACCGUAGUAGUCACCUCCACGUUUCAGCAGCCUGUCUGACGAUGUUGACACCCCUAGUCAGGCUGUGGCCUCCACGUCCUGCUUCCUGACCUGCCUGUGGUAGCCCUGGCUCCUUCCCCACACUGCUGGACUCCUGGCCAGCUAGGACAGGCCCUGUCCUGGCGUCUCACCCUGAGCCUUAGUCUGGCCUUUUCUACACCUGUACAUGUGUCCGCACCCAUUGUAUAUCAGUGGGAGGCCCUUGUUGUCCUGAGUGUCAUUGCUGUGAGCUAAAUAUUCCCUAGUCCUUGGCAGGUGUGCAAGGCCUUGGCAGCACACAGUUGUAAUCUCAGCAUGUGCGAGGCUAAGGCAAAAGGAUUUCAGUGAGUUUGAGGCCAGUCUGGGCUACAUAGUGAGUUCAAGACCAGCCUGAAUUACAUAGUGAGACCCUGUCUCAAAAAAACCAAAAAGGGGGGAAAAAAAGUACAUUCCCUAGUUCAAGACUAACUGUAAAGAUAGAAGCAAACAGAGCCCCAGAUGGGCAGGGUGCCUGGCUGAAGUGUAAACCCUUCACUUUGAUGUGGGGCUUAGGAGAUACAUAAACACACUGCUGGGAAGUCAGGGGUCAGGGACACUCUCACUGUAAGGCCAGGGGUCAGGGAUACUCCUGCUGUGAGGUUAGGGGUCAAGGAUACCCCUAGGUUUGAAGGCAGCAGACAAGGAGACUCUCACUAUGGGCUCAGGAGACAGGGUCACCCUGCUGUGAGGUAAAGGGUUAAGGACACCCCUAUGAAGUUGGGUCAGGGACAUCCUCUAGUUUCUUCUGGUGCUGAGUUUUGUUUGUAAAACAAAACCCCUGUCUACACCUUCCCAAGGAUGGCUGUUCUUUGAGCCACUCAUUGGAAGAUGUUUUAAAAAGCCAAAUAAAAGUGAUUUUGCAGCUGGUUUAGAUGAUAGUGUGUAUGGAUCACCUUAUUGUGGGCUGUAGUGAUCUCAGUUUUUCCUGGGUCCACAGAUACCACUGAGUCCUUCCACUGCCUACCACAUGUAGCUGGGAACCAGCAUGGAACCACAUGCAGACAGAGCCUCCUGUCUUGGGACUUUGUGAUAGUCUUUCUCAAUAGUAUAACCUGGAAAGACCAUUAGAACUGACCUGGAUUGUGUAACAAGGUUCACAUUUUGUGUAUUCAUUUAUCUCAGUGCUUGUUUCCCUAAGUUUUUUUGCAAGGUAGUGACAUUUUACAUUUACUAAAGAUAAGAAAAUGUCUUGGUUACUUUUCUCUUAUUGCUGAGACAAAAUACCCAACACCCCAAAUUAAGGAAGAAAAUGUUUAGUUAGCUCACAGUUUGCAGAGGUUUCAGUCCAUAAUCAGCUGGCUCCAAAGAGGGUAGCAUGGCUCCAGGGCAACAUUUCAAGGUGCCAAGAAGACCCAAAGCAGUAAGAGCAAAAGUGGGGAAGAACAAGCCUCUUCUCCCUUAAUUGUAUGCAGGCUACCAGCCCCCCAGGGUAGGUGUAGCACUCACAGCCUCUGUGCCCUCCUCUUACACAGGAUGAAGAUAUUUACAAAGUAAGGAUCCUGACUCCCUGCUGAGUCUCUUUAGUUAAAUUUCUAAACUUCUCAAGUUGACACAAUGGAUCAACUACAACAGAAAAGAAGUAUGUUUUGGAGAGACAGAGACAGAGAGAGAGAGCACUGGUGAAAGAGAGACCACAGUGGCCACAAGGUUAAUGGCAGAGGUCUUUCAUAGCCUCUACUUCUCAGGCUGAUGGCAGAUCUAGGACAUCCUAUCAAAAACUUGCUUUAUCUUGAGUCAGAACUGAAGAUAGCAUUUUCUGAUUAUCUGGGGGGAGCUCUUAGGAACUUUUUUCCAUACAUGUGUCCUGGAUCUCUGUGACUGACAGGUCAUACUCAGUUGCCUAGAUGGCUGACCUCACCCUAAUCUCCUGCUUCAUUUCCCCUGAAAGACCCAAAUUCCCAUAAUUCUUUUUUUUUAUUUUAAAGGGGAUAGAAUUAAGCACAACAAAACAGAACAAAAUAGGACAUAAGAAAGCAAUGUAAGAGAUAUAAAUUUCAAAGCUAGAUGACCAGAUCAUACUGUCUCUUGUUUUCUUCCAAAUAUUUGUCCAUGUCUUCCCAUACAGAGAAUUUAAACAAAACAACAUGGUAUAAAACUGAUCCAAACAGAAUGAGGAAGGUGUUUUAGGUCUUUAAAACCAAACAGUAGGGAAGUCACCAAUGGCUCUCAUAGAGUCUCUCAUUCUCUUCAAAAUAGCUGUCCAUACUUUCAUGUAUAUUGAAGUUCAAUAAAACAAAACAAAACAGGCUAAAAUAACACCAUUAGUUAGAACAAUGCAAAACAGUGAUAAAAGAGAUCGUAGAAGGAAAUUCCCGCUAUGUGCUACAUUGCCUGUAGUCAACCUCUCAAGGGAUGUCCAGAUCACUGGUUCCCACUUGCUAACAGUGGUGUGUGUGUGUGUGUGUGUGUGUGUGUGUGUGUGUGUGUGUGUGCGCGUGUGUGUGCGUGUGUGUGCGUGUGUAUGUGCUGUUUGAUUCUCAGCCCACGCGCUGGCAGGCUCACAGCCGCUCACCAGGGCGGGCGGUGGUUGCCUGGUUUCUCAACGCACCAGGUCCCAGCAUUGCGCAGGUCCCAGUAAACACCCGUGGCUCCUGUCCUGAGUUGCCACAGUGGCCGCGCUCACAGCUGUUCACCAGGGAGGGGAGUCAAAUCUCCAUAAUUCUUUAUGGGUUGUUGAGGUCUCCAUCUUCAUACAGUUACUACCAGCUAAAAGGGGCUGUAGGCCCGACCUACUGAGCAUUAUGUGCUCUCCAACUACCUUGGGAUAUUGUGGAUUACUUGCCAGAAGAGAAAGCUUAGUGAGUCUGUCAGGAGUGUCAUGGGCUGUUGUGUGGGUCGCCACUUGAAGCCUUGAAUGGAUAAACUUUACUAGUAGAUGGGGGACAAGUAUAAGAAGGAACAGGUCAAAAUAUUUUGGGGGUUUGUUAUGGUUGAUACACUGUGUCAACUUGAGAAGUUUAGAAAUUUAACUAAGAAACUCAGCAGGGAGCCAAGAUCCUUACUUUGUAAAUAUCCUCCUUCUGUACAAAAGGAAGGCAUAGAGAUUUUGUGAGUGCUACAUCUGCCCUGGAGUGUGGGAGGUGGCUUGCAUAUAAUAAAAGGGAUGAAGGGUCUUGUUCUUCCCCUUUUUUGUUCUGGCUGCUUUUACUGGCUGCUGCCUUGAAGUGUUGCCCCUGUGCCAUGCCACCCUACCUUGGAGCCAGCUGAUUAUGGACUGAAACCGCCACAAACUUUGUGCUAAAUAAAUCUUUUCUUCUUUUUGGGUGUCAGGUAUUGUGUCCCAGCAAGAAAGAAAAGUAAUCAUGACAGGCUGUAUCUUAAAAGGUGAUUCAUGACAGAUCCAGCAAUUAGAGACAUUAAGUUUUAUUUCUAUAGUUGUUUCAGAGGAGAAAGUAUGAUGAAGAGGGAUGUGACAUAAACUACCAAGAAUCUGAGAGCCAUAGCCCAGCAAGAUUACUCAUAUUGUGAAUCUGAUUAAGAACAGGAGUCCUGAUACAGGUAUCCAUUUAACCUGUGGAGGAUUAGGGAUCAUUAAUGACUGUGUUUAUCUGCACCCAAAGCAGUACUAGAAUCUUGCUUUUUGAAGAGGUUCCUCCAAUCCUGCAGAGGUUCACAGGAGUAGUUUUCUACUUUUGGGUGGUCUUUUUCUCAGAUAGUUCUAGUGGAGCUAAUUUUAUCUUAAAAAAUGUAAAGACUGCCCUUGAGGUAAAGACUGCCCUUCUUGCCUAUUAGAUUUGUGAUUUCCCAAAGAGACUUUAACUGUAUCUCUUUGGUGCCCCUUGUAAAGAAUGAAGUGACCUGCCUGGGAAGACAGACUGCUGCAAGGAAUUGUAGAAUUUUACUAGCAUCUUAUAGAGGAUUACAUAUUAGCCAGCAAGCUCAUUUCUUUCCAUAUUGCUACGUGGCCAUGUAGCAUCAGAAAGUCAUAGAGUCUAUAACUGCUUAGCUUUUUGCCCUUUCCUGAUAUCAAUGCCUGAGUAAGAGCUGUUAAGCUUUUCUUUCUAAGCAAAGGUCUCUAGGGGGAGGGGCCUGGCCUCUGUGAUGUGCUGUGAAUAAAUAACUGCAUAACUGCCUUCUUGUGUCCUUCUGGACAAAGUUAUUCCAUCAGUGACCAUGCCUCCUCAGGGCGUUGGAGGGGCCUGUCACUGAUGCCCUUCUUGCUUGCAGAGAUUUCGGAAAUCACUGUUUACAGGAGUGGCGAUCCUCUAAACCUGAGGCAGGAUUAAGAGUAGUACAGGUCUGUAUGGUAACCUAGUGGGAGUCUAAGAAGCAUGGCCUAGCAUAGUCCCAACAGGUAAAAUCCACUUUGGCCAUUGCUCAAAUUAGAGAAUUGCCCCCAACUUUACUAGUAAAUCUCUUCCUUGUAAGGGAGUAGGACACCAUGGGACAGUUAAAGACUCAUGAACAUUUGACCUUCGAUUUGACUUGUCAGAGCAGAUGUAAAGAAAUUCCAACUAGGGUACCUUUGACUCAAAUUAUGAUUACAGAUCCAGAGGAGAGUUUUCCAGAGAAGGAAAUGAAAUCAGUGUGGGCCCUGCAGGUCCUUGUAGGAGAUGGAGCUGUCUGUGGACAGGGUCGUCCAGAGUUUCCUGGACCACUUCAGUCCUCUUCAUCAGAGGCGGUGAGGUUGUGGCUGGCCUAGGCCCCUCUGUGGGAACAGGGACUCAGUCCUCCCUGAGCCAGGCCCAUCAGCCACCUGACACAACCGAGGGCCCAGGUAGUGGCCUGGUAUUGUUCACUGUGCCUCACAUUUUCCCAGUAAUAAAAACUUGCAUAAUUACUUUAAGGCAGUACAAAUAAAAACCUCAAUUUCAGCAUUUAUGGGAAAAAAAGAAAAAAAAAAGCCUUAGAAAGUUCUCAGUAUAUGAUAGGGUCUGUUAUCUAUUAAUUCCAGCUCUACUUUUGCAUGGCUGGUUGAGUUGACUUUCACUGACUGUUCCCUUUGUUGUACUCAGGCUCAUUUCCGUUAGAAGAAAGGGAGGGGUCUAACCUGAUUUAGAAGAAAAGAGGGAAAGAGACCCAUAUGUUCUGUGAAAGCAGAGGCUUUAGCUCUUCUCUGUAAGUAUGAGAUUUCCUGCUGGCCAUGAGGACAGCUGAAAAAGAAAAUGGUAAACAAACAUGGCAGAAUCACCCACACGACGAACCAAAAUGGCCAAACAACAUUGCAGAAGCACAUGACUGAUCCAAAUGACAAACUAAAAUGACUGCCAAGCAUUGUGGAAGGGUGGACUAGGAUGGCUCUUCAGGUUUUAAGAAUCAGGACCCUAGAGCUGGGCAUGGUGGCCCACUCCUGUAAUUCCAGUACUCGGGAGGCUGAGGAAGAAGGAUCAUUGCUAUUAGAGUUUUCUGGAGCAACAGAGGAGCAAAAAGUAAAAAAAUAAUAAUAAUAAUAAUGAGUUUAUUGAGGAUGUGGAAAGGAGCACACAACGCAUGGGUGGCUGGGCUGUCUCCUUCCACCAGGUACAGAGAGGCAGAGGGUUAUACGACCUCUGAUCAGAAGUGGCGAUGGGGCGGGUAUUGAUGAUAUGUCAGGAACUGGUUGGAAUUCUCUGUGUGUGCAAACAGGAAGACGAGUUGCAGUUAGGGCUGAAGAAGAAGAAGCAGGAAGUGGUAAGCAUUCCCGCUUUGGCCUUCCGCCAUGUUAGACCACUGCCAAACUGUACAGUAAUUUACACUAGGGAAGGAACCUUUCGUUCCUGUCUUUGUGUUGUUAGAAAAAGGGUGGAGAGGAGACUCUGUCCUCUGAACAAGAGCAUCGUGUCCUCUGAACAAGGGCAGGUUUAGGGGUGGUUGUGGGAUCACAGCUGAUGGCCAUGUAGAAGCUGGUACCAGGUAUUUCAGCCAGGACAAGGAGUUAAUCAUUGGUGGAUGCUCGCAUCCUAGAUUGGAGAAAUAAAAAGACAAGGUGCUAUGAGGAGGCAGGCCACUGUCAUAAUUAAAGGGCCCAGGAAAGAUAGAAGGAAAGGUGCCCUUUAUCUGAAUGUGUCAUUCCAUCAGGGUCAUGGGAAGGAAGAAUCUGAAAAAUAAGUGUGGAGUUGGGAGGGGUGGAGUUCUGAGAGGUAAUUAUUUUCCUAUCUGAAAGGCUAAAACUGUAUAUAGGACUUGUCCUUGGUCCAGGGGUUGAGAUGGAGAAAAUGGGAAGCAUGAGAAAUGUAAGGCCUGACAGUUCAGUCAUGUUUAGGGAAUUAUAGGCUAAGGUUACGGAGGGCUGUGGCUGCGUCACUAUAAGUGAGAUGAGAUCCUAGACCCAGAGAGAUCUCAUGUUUAGAAUGUAAGGGAUCAGAAACUAAAUAGGAUGACAAAACAUGACCUGGCCUGAAAGGUGUGGUGGUGGGCCCUUGGUGAAACAGAGAUGGGUGGGAGAUAGGAGAUGUGACUCCACUCAGAAUGUGUGGAGUCAGGAGGGCACUACUUAGCUUGAGUGAUGUGGAACCAGGAUGACAGUCCAGUAACCUUGACUGCUGUUGCAGUUGCAAGGAAGACCAGGUAGGAGCCAUUCCACUUUGGCUGCAGUCCAGUUGAGUGAUUUGAGAAAUAAAGGCUGGACCAUUACCUGACUGGAUACUCUGAGGUAGACCAAACCUUGGAAUGAUUUCUUACAACAAGACUUUGAUAACUAUAUCAGCAGUCUCCCUGGUUGUGGGAAAGGCUUUUGUCGAUCCUGAAAAAGGACAGUCAAAGGUGAGAAGGUAUUUAAGAGUUUUGUGAUGGAGACUUCCGGGAGAACAUGGGGGACAGAUAGCAGCAGCUACGGAGGCUCUCUGAAAGACCCAGCUUAGAAUCCAGGAAUGGUGCGGAGUGAGGAAUCCUAAGCAAAAGAGGAGAUAUGCCCUGCUGACCCAAGAAUGAACUGGGCUGAGAGAAACCAACUGGGAAUGCCUGGUGCUAUAACAGGAACAGAUAAAGCCUCAGCGUGGAAGCUGGAGCCCGCGCCAUUGGAAACCGCAAUUUGGGUUUCCUGUUGCCGUAGCUGCGUCUGAAUCAGCUCAGCAGGGAGAGAGACGCACGAAAGCUCUGAGAGCGGGAAUCGGUGAACGGAGUUGACAGCGGAACAGGCGGGGAGCCGUGCAUUGACCUGCAGUGAGUGAGAGAAACUGGGACUCUUCCACAAUCUAGGAGGUUCCAACAGAGGACAUUCUGGGACCGGGCAGACUGGCCGGAACAGAGUGCUGUAGUGACUUCAGCCACGUAUCCCCUCUCAAGUGGGAUUGGUGAGCAGUGCCUAGCUUACGUGACACUGCUGGCUGAGACCCAGUAGGCUAGCACAGCCCAGGUCCCAGCGCCUGAAGGUGACCUGAAGGGUCGGGCCCCACAUAGGCUGCCCAGUUCUUAACUCCCUGGUGCGCUGCAGUGGGUGGGAACACCUAGCCGGCGCAAUUCAAUCAGACUGUGGCCAACAAGGAAGGAAGCUGGGCCUCCUAUAUACACUUUCAUAUUAGGAACAAAGAAUAUGGGAAGAGGGAGCAACAAAAAAGGCCCCUCAGCCCCCAAUCCUGAGAAACAGGCAACAGCAGACACCGCACCAAUAGACAUAAAGCGCUAUCUCCAGAGCCUCAUAGACGAGUUCAGGAAUGAAGUUAUUAAUGACCUGAAGCUAGACAUAAGCAGAAUAGUUAGAGACAUGCUAAGCACCACCCAAGAAAAAAACAGAUGGUGCAAUGGAAGAACAGAAAAAGAGGGGAGAAUUCUUUGAUGGAGAAAAUAGAGAAAGCAUAGAAUACGUGAAGCAGGUUCAAAGAGAUUACCAGGAAACUAAACUGUAUCGAAAGCUGGCAUAACAGCUUGAAAGAAACUAAGGAUAGAUUAUCUGAACUGGAGGCCAGAUUUGUAAUGUGGGAGCAUGAAAUGAAAAACUUCUUAAAAAUAACAAACAAACAAACAGCAAUAAUACAAAGACUAGAAGAUGAUAAGAGGAUCUAUAACUUAAGAAUUAAGAACAUAAAAGAAGAGGUAGGGACAUCAACAAAUGAACUACAAAAGCUACUGACAGAAAUAAUCCAGGAGCAUUUUCCUAAAUUAGCAAAAGGUAAAGAUACUCAGAUGUAUGAAGCCUUCAGGGCCCCAGCCACCUACAACCCAAACAGAGCUACACCCAUGCAUAUAAUAAUCAAAAUUCCAGAAAUCCAAUAUAAGAACAGAAUAUUAAAAGCUGUCAGAGACGAAAAACAGAUCACUUACAAGGGAACACCCAUCAGAAUUACAGCAGACUUCUCGGCACAAACCAUCAAAUCACAAAGAGCGUGGGGGGAAAUAAUUCAAGCUUUGAAAGAUAAUAACCUCGGGCCAAGAUUGAUAUAUCCUGCACAACUGUCCCUGGAAAUUGAUGGAAAAACAAGGUGCUUCUAGGAUAAAGAGGAACUAGGGGAAUAUGCAACCACCAGUUCAACUCUACAGAGAAUACUGCAGGAUAUUCUAAAAAAGAAAAAUACGAAGAAUCCAGAAAUAGUGGCAGAGAGGCCACAAUGAAUGGAGCAGAAAACAAAAUGAAGAAGACAAACUGAUAACUAAUGACAGAAAAAGAGCUCAACAGAAAUGAGGCAGAGAAGAUUGGAUGAUAGAAACAGCUAUUUUGGAGAAAAUGACAUCAUAAUAGGUAAUGUUGAUUUAGUAUCAUCUUGUUUUGAAGUCUCAUCAAGCUUUUGCUCUUCUGUCUCCAUUGGUCUUAGCAUUAUUGGAAUUUAUUAUAUGUGAUAGUUUAAACAAAAACUUUUAUAGACAAGGAGAUUAUACAGAAACCAUUAAUGGUUCAUUUUCUGUUAGUUGAUUCUAAAUACCCUGUAAUGCUGUCAUUCUCUUAAAUGGUUUUACAUUGUUUUGAUAUAUUUGAUGCUAUAGUAUACGAAGUUAUACUCAAAGAUUUCAAGGAAAGAGACAAUAUGGUAACUACUUUUAUGUCGGGAUUAUCUUGUGGUAAAACACUAUUUUGCUUAAAUGGUUAUGUUUUGAUCUGCGCUGUUUUGUUGUUAUGCCCUCUUUUAUUUCAAUCUCCAUUUUAUUAUUUACUUUUUUAUUUUUAUCCUUUUAAUUAAGGGAAAAAUAAAUUUAAAAAAUAGUAGGAUAUAUUAUAGUAACCCACUUUGAUUUACUAUUCACUUGAUUUGAAGCCCUGUAUUGCUCUCACCAUCUUGUUUUGACUGAUGUUCCUCUAUUCUGUUUUGCUUGAUAGUACUAGGUUCAAAAGUAUAGGCAACAGCUGUGAAGAUAGUGGGAUUCAUUAUGACGCCCAUUCUCGUUGACUAUUAUCUACUUUUGAAGACCUGUAAUGUCUCCAAUGUUUUGAUUUUAUUGGUUUCAUUCUUUACUGUUUUGUUCAAUUUUACUAUAACUGAUGAUAUAGGCAAUUCUAUUAGAGAUAGCAGGAGGCAUUAUGGUAACCAUUGUUGAUGACCUUGUAUUAUGUUUUUACAUUAUCUAUAGUAUGUCCACCCUUUUGAUUUGACCGACUCUGUUCUGUUAUGUCACAUUUGGUUUUACUCUCUUCCAAAAAAAGUAAUAAGAACUGUGGGAGCAAUAAAACCCAAAAUGUGUAAUAGUCAUUGUACAAAAGAGAGGAAAAGAAAGUGCUCUAAACGAUAUAACUGGCCUAGCCAUCGGCGUGCAGAGGAGGAGCUGGGCGGAUCCAGAGUGCCUGCAGAAGCCCCUUCCUUUGUCUGGAGGAGUGAAUAUUUCUGCAAGCAGGGAGGGAUCCCAGGUUCCUGAGGCACCUCGGCCUGUGCCCAGCCGCGCCGAGCCAUCGGUGUGCAGAGGAGGAGCUGGGCGGAUCCGGAGUGCCUGCAGAAGCCCCUUCCUUUGUCUGGAGGAGUGAAUAUUUCUCAAGCAGGGAGGGAUCCCAGGUUCCUGAGGCACCUCGGCCUGUGGUGAGUGGCCAGCACAGUCUGCCCAAAUCUCAGUCUGUUUCGGACCCCCCAGGCUUCUGGGUGCAGUGAAGUGGAGCAGUGGGUUAGACGCCACUACAGCCACCUCCCCAUCCCGGCUACACCUGGAGGUCUGCGGAGCUCACCGGGUGGGCGGGCCUACACUAUCCCCCCCCCCCCCAGCCCAGCCGCGCCUAGCCAUCUGCGUGCAGAGGAGGAGCUGGGCGGAUCCGGAGUGCCCGCAGAAGGCCCUUCCUUUGUCUGGAGGACUGUGGAUAUCUCUGCAAGCAGGGAGGGAUCACAGGCUCCUGAGGCACUGAGGCCUGUGGUGAGUACCCUAACCCGGCUGCGAUUCAAAAGCUGUGGAUCUACCAAGGGGCAGGUGGGCGCACAGUGUCCCUGAGGCCCAGCUUGUCUGGAACCCCGGAGUUCUGAACAAGCAGAGGAGAGCCAUCGGUUCUGCAGGCCCAAUGGCCUGGGGUAGAGUGGUGCCAGAGUCUCAGUAGCUGCAAACAUAGAAGGGGAUUUUCAACAGAUCCUGAGGAGGCUUUCAAAUAACACUUGAAACACAGAAAUAUAGGAAAAUGACAAAACUAAAGACCAAAUUACAACCUCAAACUUCAGCCCAUCUCAGGAAACCCUAGGAGGAAUGUAUUUAGAAGAAAAUAUAUCCCAUCCUCCUCAUAUAUCAGACACAAUAGCUACUGAAGUUGAUAAGCAACUCCAGGAAGCUUUAAAGAAAUUCAAACUCGAAAUAAUAUCCCAGAUAAAAGAAGAAAUGAUAAAAGAAAUGAAAGAGAUUCUAAAUAUAUCUAAAGAAAACACAGAUAAAAAAUUGGAGGAACUAAACAAAAAGAUAGAAUCCCUAGAUGAGCAAUAUAAGAAACAAACAGAAUACAUAAUGCAGAUGCACAGAGAUAUACAGGAAAUAAAAAACUCCACUGAAAGUUGUAAAAACCGCCUUAAUGAAAAUGAAGAUAGAAUUUCAGACCUUGAAGACAGGAUUGCAGCUAGUGAACAGGAAAGGAAAGAUCUUUUAAAAAUAACAAGGAAUCAGGAAACAACAAUUCAACAACUGCAAGAUGAUGCAAAGAAGAAUAACAUAAGAAUGAUAGGGAUUAAUGAAAAAGGAGACAACAUAAAGGAUAUCAAGAGGAUAUUUAGAGAAGCAAUAGCUGAAAACUUCCCAAGCAUGAGAUCAGAAACUGACAUCAGGAUCAGUGAAGCAUAUAGAACUCCAAAUAGUCAUAACCAAAAUAAAACUACACCCAGACAUAUAAUAACCACCAUCCCAGAAAUCCAACACAAGAAUAGAUUAUUAAAAGCUGUCAGAGAGAAAAGACAGAUCACUUAUAAAGGAAAACCUAUCAGAAUCACAGCAGACUUCUCAUCACAAACAAUAAAGUCAAGAAGAGCAUGGAGUGAAGUAUUCCAGAUCCUAAAGCAAAAUGAUUUCCAACCUAGACUGAUAUAUCCUGCAAAACUAUCAUUUAAAAUAGAUGGUGAAAUACGAUACUUCCAUGACAAAGAACAGCUGAAGAACUUCAUGAACACCAAACCAACCCUGCAAAAAAUAUUGAAAGACAGUUUAGAUACACAAAGGAAAAAACCACUAAGCAAAGCAGAUAAUUAAACAGAACAGAAAGAUAAAGAUGCAACAGCAGAGAGAUAAGAUUCCUACAAUUAACCAACAUUUCACAGUAAUAACCAUUAAUGUAAAUGGUCUCAAUGCACCAAUCAAAAGAAACAGACUAGCAGAAUGGAUCAAGAAACAAAAUCCAACCAUAUGCUGUUUACAGGAAACCCAUCUAACCCAGAAGGAUACUCACAGACUGAAAGUCAAAGGAUGGAAAACAAUUCUGCAUGCAGCAGGAAUCCAAAAAAAGGCAGGAGUAGCCAUUCUGUUUGCAGACAACGUGAACUUUAAACCAACAAUAACCAUAAAGGAUAAAGAAGGUCACUACAUACUCGUAAGGGGAAAACUCCAAGAGGAAGAGAUAACUAUCUUAAAUAUAUAUGCACCAAACUCCAGAGCGCCCAGUUAUAUAAAACAAUUAUUAACAGAAAUGAAAACUCAAAUUAUCAGUAACACAAUUGUAACAGGAGACCUUAAUACGCCAUUGACACCAAGGGACAGAUCGACCAGACAGAAAAUGAGUGAAGAAAUAACAGAACUGAAUCAUACCUGUGAACAAAUGGGUUUGAUAGACAUAUACAGAAUGUUCCACCCAACAACAUCAGAAUACACAUUCUUCUCAGCAGUACAUGGAUCAUUUUCUAAAAUAGACCAUAUAUUAGCUCACAGAACAUAUUUAAACAAGUGCAAAAGAGCUGAAAUCAUCCCUUGCAUGUUAUCGGAUCACAGCGCUCUGAAAUUAGAAAUUAACGAUAAAAGAUACUGCAAAAAUCCCACAAACACAUGGAAACUGAAUAACACAAUCUUGAGUAAUCAAUGGGUCACAGAAGAAAUUAAAGAAGAAAUUAAACAAUACCUAAAAGAAAAUGAAAAUGCAGAUACAACUUCCCGGAAUCUGUGGGAUGCAAUGAAAGCCGUUCUGAGAGGAAAAUUUAUUGUACUGAGUUCCCACAUCAGGAAAACAGAACGAAUACAAAUAAAUAACUUGAUGCUACACCUGAAACAGCUAGAAAAAGAAGAGCAAGUCAAGCCCAAAGCCAAAAGAAGAGAGGAAAUUAUAAAAAUCAGAGCAGAAAUCAAUGCAAUAGAGACUAAGAAAACAAUCCAAAGGAUCAACAAAUCAAAGAGUUGGUUCUUUGAAAGAGUAAAUAAAAUCGAUAAGCCCCUAGCCAACCUUAUUUAAAAAAGGGAAGAAAAAGCUCAAAUUCAUGCAAUAAGAAACGAAAAAGGAGAAGUCACUACAGACCCAAUAGAAAUACAGAAGAUCAUCAACACCUAUUUCGAAAACCUCUACUCUCAAAAGUUUGAUAACACAGAAGAAAUAGACAGAUUCUUAGAAGCAUAUGAAGUGCCAAAGCUAGAUCAAGAGGAUGUAAAAUUGUUGAAUAACCCAAUCUCGGUUACUGAAAUUGAAAAUGUAAUUAAGUCCUUACCCACCAAGAAGAGCCCAGGCCCAGAUGGAUUCACUGCAGAAUUCUACAAGAAAUACAAAGAAGACCUAAUGCCGACACUCCUCAAACUAUUCAAUGCAAUUGAAAGGGAAGCAAUCCUUCCUAAGUCAUUCCUGGAAGCAAAUAUCACUCUAGUACCAAAACCUGAGAAAGACCCAACUAAAAAAGAGAACUAUAGACCGAUCUCCCUAAUGAACACAGAUGCAAAAAUCCUCAAUAAAAUAUUGGCAAAUAGGAUCCAGCAAAUCAUCAAGAAGAUUAUACACCAUGACCAAGUGGGAUUCAUCCCAGGAAUGCAAGGAUGGUUCAACAUACGCAAAUCAAUAAAUGUAAUCCACCAUAUCAAUAAAGCCAAAAAUAAGAAUCACAUGAUCAUUUCUAUAGAUGCAGAAAAAGCCUUCGAUAAGGUCCAACAUUUAUUCAUGAUAAAAACUCUACAGAAAAUUGGAAUAGAUGGUCUUUACGUUAAUAUAAUAAAGGCCAUUUAUGACAAACCAACAGCCAGCAUCAUACUAAAUGGCCAAAAAUUGAAAGCCUUUACUUUAAAAUCAGGCACAAGACAAGGAUGUCCUUUAUCACCACUCCUAUUUAAUAUAGUACUGGAAGUACUAGCCACAGCAAUUAGGCAAGAAAGAGAAAUAAAAGGGGUAAAGAUAGGAAAAGAAGAAGUUAAGUUAUCAUUGUUUGCAGAUGACAUGAUACUCUACAUAGAAGACCCCCUAAGCUCCAUUGAAAGACUCUUAGAUACAAUAAAUAAAUUCAGUAAUGUGGCUGGAUACAAAAUCAAUACUCAGAAAUCAAUAGCAUUCCUAUACACAAACAACAAAAUCACAGAGAGGGAAAUAAGGGAAACUGGACUAUUCACAUUAGCAAGCAAAAAAAUGAAAUAUUUAGGAAUUACUCUUACGAAAGAAGUGAAAGACUUAUACAGUGAAAACUAUAAUACACUGAAAAAGGAAAUUGAAGGUGAUCUCAGAAAAUGGAAAGACAUCCCUUGCUCAUGGAUAGGAAGAACAAACAUUGUGAAGAUGGCCAUUCUUCCAAAACUCUUAUACAGAUUCAAUGUAAUCCCAAUAGAAAUACCAUCAACAUACCUUAUAGAUCUAGAGAAAUCACUCCUAAAUUUCAUCUGGAACCAGAAGAGACCUAGAAUCGCAAAAGCAAUUCUAAGCAGCAAAGACAAAGCAGGAGGCAUCACAAUCCCUGACUUGAAAUUAUACUACAAAGCAACAGUAGUAAAAUCAACAUGGUAUUGGAAUCAAAACAGAGCUGAAGAUCAAUGGAAUAGAUUAGAAGAUACAACCACAACUACAAACACACUCAACCACCUUAUCUUUGAUAAAGGAGCCAAGCAGGUUCACUGGAAGAACGACAGUCUCUUUAAUAAAUGGUGCUGGAAAAACUGGCUCUCCAUUUGCCGAAAACUAAAGCUAGACCCAUGUCUAUCACCAUGUACUAAAUUAAAAUCUAAAUGGGUCAAAGAUCUGAAUAUUAAAACAGAAACGCUAAAUCUAUUGGAAGACAAAUUAGGUAGAAACCUUGGAGACAUAGGAAUAGGUAGAGAAUUCAUGAACAGGACUCAAACUGCACGGGAAAUACUUCCCAGAAUCAACAACUGGGACCACUUCUUAUUAAAAAGUUUCUGCAUGUCAAAAGAAAUCUCCAGCAUAGUGAAAAGAAAACCCACAAACUGGGAAAAGAUUUUAGUGAACUCUCUCUCAGACAAGGGACUCUUGUCUAAAACAUAUAAAGAAUUAAAAAAACUCAGACCUCCAAAAUUCAAAGAUCCAAUCCAAAAAUGGGCAUCUGAGAUGAAUACGCAAUUCUCAGAUGAAGAAAUGCAAAUGGCAAAUAAAUACAUGAAAAAAUGCUCAUCAUCAUCGGUCAUUAGAGAAAUGCAAAUUAAAACCACACUGAGAUACCAUCUCACUCCUGAAAGAAUGGCCAGGAUCAAGAAAACCAACAACAACAAAUGCUGGAGAGGCUGUGGGGAAAAAGGAACUCUCCUGCACUGUUGGUGGGAGUGUAGACUGGUACAGCCUUUGUGGAGGUCUGUCUGGAGGUUUCUCAAAAAGUUGGGAUUGGAAAUCCCAUUUAUUCCAGCUAUUCCACUUCUAGGCAUAUUCCCAGAAGAACUGAAAGCAUCAUACCACAGUGAUAUAUGUGCACCUAUGUUUAUAGCAGCACAAUUUGUAAUCGCCAGAUCUUGGAAACAACCCAAGUGUCCAUCAACUGAGGAAUGGAUAAAAAAGUUGUGGUAUUUCUAUACAAUGGAGUAUUAUUCAGCUAUAAAGAAGGAUCGCAUUGAGAUAUUUAUCAAUAAAUGGGCACAGCUUGAGACCAUACUCAUAAGUGAAAUAAAUCAAUCUCGCAUGUAUGAAUACCGAAUAGUUUCCCUAAUGUAAGUAAUGAUUCAAAUAUAUAAAAAUAUGUGAUAAUCAUGAUUCCCCAUUAUGUGGCCUUGAAGCCUUAUAAAAUUUUUACUUAUUAAUUAGAAAGGCUUUAUUCUGGGCUUCUUGAUAUGGAAAUAUUUGAAGCUAUAGUAUAUGAAGUUUUAUCCAAAUAUUUUAAGGAAAAAGACAGACACUAUGGUAACUACUAUUCUUUAAAAAAAUUAUUUAGCUAUUUCUUAUGUUUAUUUUAAUUAAGGGAAAAAUUUUAAAAAUUAGGAUAUAUAAUAGUAACUCUUUUCGAUCUCCUAUUAACUUGUUUUGAAGUCCUGUAAUACUCCCACGAUCUUGUUUUGACUGAUUAGACUCUGUUCCAUUCUGUGCGAUAGUAGCAAGUCUGAGGGUAUAGGCAACUAAUUUGAAGGCAAUAAGAUUCACAAAGAUACCCAUUCUGGUUUGACUAUUGUCUCCUUUGGAAGUCCUGUAAUGUUCACAAUGCCUAAGUUUUAUUGGUCUUGUUCUCUACUGUUUUGUCCAACUUUAUAAUAUCUAAUGAGAUAGACAAUUCCUUUUAAGGAAACAAGAGACAACGUUGAUAACCACUGUUAAUAACCUUGUACUCUGUUCUACAUCAUGUGCUAUGUCUAGCCUUGGUUUUGACUUACAGCUUUGUUUUGCCAUAUUUGACUUUAUUCUCUCCCCCCCAAAAAAAGUAAUAAGAACUAAGGAGUAAUAAAAUCCAAAAUGUGUAAAUUUUGUUGUAAAAAAGAGAGGGAGGAAAAAAAAAAGAGCUCUAACGGAUAUAACAGCAAGUGUGUUUAGGGGUGUUAAAUAGCUGACUAUAUUAAUGUUUUUGGAUCAUCGAACACAGCUGUUUGCAGUCUUUCUGUCUACUUUGUAUUCUUUGAUACUGUGAUUUGAGCAACUAUUUCCAAGAUGAUAAUAUGUAAUCUAUUAACAGGUGAUUUCUUACUGUUAUGUUUUUUUUUGUAGUUCUGUAUUAUGUGUAACCUUACACUGCUUUGUUUUGUUUUGUGUUUUUCUCUUUUUCCUCUUAAAUAAAAAAAAAAAAAAACGAUAUAACUGCAUGUAUGUUUAAGUGUAUAAGAUAGACAAUGAUAUUACAGAGUUUUGUUGGAUCAUUGAACAAAACUGUUUGGUCUCACUGUUUGAAUGUCCACUAUAUAAGCUUUAAUUUUGUAACUUGAACAAAUAUUUCUAAGAUGACAGUAUGUAAUCCAUUAACUAGUGAUUUUCUACUGUUUACUUUUUUUCUGAAAUUCUGUAUAACUUGUACCCUUUUUCUGCUUUUUUUUCUUUUUCUCCUUAAAUAAAAUUAAAAAAAAAAAAAAAAAGAGUUUUGUGACAUGUGUGUCUGCCAGUCCUGACCAGGGGUGUGUCCAGGAAAUUGAUGAUUAGGAAAGAAAGGGGGUGGUCUGUGUCCCUGAGGAGAGGUUCUAGUACAGAGAAGACAGGUGUAAGUGGUUGAGACCUGAGAGUGUCUGGAUCAGUCCACAUAACUGCAAAGGAACCCUGACCUUCGGGGCGUAGGGGGAUGGUAAAAAGGCAUCUUUGAGGUCCAGAAUUGUGAAGUGAGUGGUGGAGGUAGGAAUAUGAGAGAGCAUAGUAUAAGGGUUUGGCAUCACUGGGAGAAUUGGGAUAUCAGGCAUUGAUUACCCUAAGGUCUUAUAUCAGACAAUAGGACCCAUUAGGCUUGAGUAUCAGGAGAAUGGGAGUAUUAUAGGGUGAGUGGGUAGGUUUAAGAAAACCAUUGUCUAAAAGAUACUUGAUUAUAGGUUUAAGUCCCCGUAAAUGUUUGGGAGGUUAGGAUAUUGGAGGA